AUGGGUAACUGCAUCGCCUGCGUCAACUUUGACCCUGAAGCAGACUCAAAACAAACCAAGAACCAAACCAAGAAACGACAUGUCCGGAAACAAAACGCGUAUAACCACGAUCCCGACGGUCUGAGAUCCCACGGUCCCAUCCGCGUCCUCCCCGACGUCCCCAUGAGCCACCGGACUCAGAUCAGCGACAAGUACAUCCUAGGACGAGAGCUCGGCCGCGGAGAGUUCGGCAUCACAUACCUCUGCACGGACCGCGAGACACGCGAAGCCUUAGCUUGCAAGUCGAUCUCCAAGAGGAAGCUCCGGACCGCCGUCGACGUGGAGGACGUCCGCCGCGAGGUCACGAUCAUGUCCACCAUACCCGAUCAUCCCAACGUGGUGAAACUCAAGGCGACCUACGAGGACAACGAGAACGUGCAUCUUGUGAUGGAGCUUUGCGAAGGAGGCGAGCUUUUUGAUCGGAUCGUGGCUAGAGGGCAUUACACGGAGCGUGCGGCGGCCACCGUGGCGAGGACCAUCGCGGAGGUCGUGAAGAUGUGUCAUAUGAAUGGUGUGAUGCAUAGAGACUUGAAGCCUGAGAAUUUCUUGUUUGCUAAUAAGAAGGAGAACUCUGCGCUUAAGGCCAUUGACUUUGGCUUAUCCGUGCUCUUCAAGCCUGGAGAGAGGUUUACAGAGAUUGUGGGCAGUCCAUAUUACAUGGCACCAGAAGUGUUGAAGAGAGAUUAUGGACCAGAGGUUGAUGUUUGGAGUGCUGGAGUUAUCCUCUACAUCUUGCUCUGUGGUGUUCCUCCGUUUUGGGCUGAGACUGAACAAGGUGUGGCUCUUGCAAUCUUGAGGGGAGUUCUUGAUUUUAAGAGAGACCCUUGGUCGCAGAUAUCUGAAAGCGCAAAGAGUCUUGUGAAGCAGAUGCUGAACCCUGAUCCCACUAAGCGUUUGACUGCUCAGCAAGUUCUUGAUCACCCUUGGAUACAGAAUGCGAAGAAAGCUCCAAAUGUUCCUUUAGGAGAUAUCGUUAGGUCAAGGUUGAAGCAAUUCUCCAUGAUGAAUAGAUUGAAAAAGAAAGCUCUACGUGUGAUAGCUGAGCACUUGUCUAUUCAAGAAGUUGAGGUCAUUAGAGACAUGUUUACACUGAUGGAUGAUGACAAUGACGGUAAAAUAACGUAUCCAGAACUCAGAGCUGGACUAAAGAAAGUCGGUUCACAACUAGGUGAACCAGAGAUCAAAAUGUUGAUGGAAGUGGCGGAUGUUAAUGGAAAUGGAUGCCUGGACUAUGGAGAGUUUGUAGCAGUGAUAAUACACUUGCAGAAGAUGGAGAAUGAUGAACAUUUCAGACAAGCUUUUAUGUUCUUUGACAAAGAUGGAAGUGGAUACAUUGAAUCAGAUGAACUAAGAAGAGCUUUAACAGAUGAGUUAGGUGAACCAGACAACAGUGUUCUAAUUGACAUAAUGCGUGAAGUUGACACUGACAAGGAUGGGCGUAUAAACUAUGAUGAGUUUGUGGUGAUGAUGAAAGCUGGAACUGAUUGGAGAAAGGCAUCAAGACAAUACUCAAGAGAGAGAUUCAAGAGCUUAAGUAUAAACUUGAUGAAAGAUGGGUCAUUGCAUCUCCAUGAUGCACUCACUGGACAAUCCGUUGCUGUUUGAUCUUUUAUACUUGCUUAUCUACCAAAACAGAAGCAAUCUAAUAAUGGCUUUGUUUUCCUCUGUUCAAGAAGGUUUUUAUCUGAGCUUUUUCAUAUGUAAUUUUGUGUUACUUCACUUUGCUUCUAGUGAUUCUUUUGAUUUGGGAAGUUGAAAAUUUGUAAUUUAUGGGCUUAGUUAGACUUUUUCGAAACUGAAGAAUGAAUGUAUUUGUAUGUAAUGUUUGUUUAAUUGUUAUAAAGCUUCUUUCUGACUUGCUUA